CCAUAUCCAAAAUCUCAAAUCCGGUGGUCAAUGUUUUAGAUCCAAGUCCUUCUAAUAGGAAGAUCAUGCAUCGAUCAUUGAAUCGAAUGUUUGAACUUCAAUAGCUCAUCUUUUGAUAUAUGGUUUUUCUCCAUUACCUUCACCGAGCAAUGAGCUUACCAGGGUUCUUCAUUAUAUGCAUGCUCCAUUCCAUAGUUGCCAUCACUUGUGGAGCUCUAAUGGUGUUCUACACCAAGGAAGUCUCGGUUCUUGGUCACGGUUACGAGAUCACGAGUAAGCUACAAGGCUCGACACCCCACGAUCAACUCUUGAUCCAGACAUCCGAAUCGUUUUCCGGAUUGCUUUUGUUCACCAUUGGUUUCGUGUUGUUCAUGGUGGCAUUCGUUAAGGAAAGGGACUUCCAAAGCUUCUUUGCCAAAGGGUGCGUAUUGCUUCAUGUUUCAAUGGCUAUUUGGAGAAUUAGUUUUGAAGGGAAAGUUGAAGAUCUUGGCCAUGAAUGGCUUAGGCAAGCUCUUGGGGAUAUCAUGUUGGCUCUUUCCUGGGUUUUUCUUCUUGCAUAUUCAUGGAGGGAGAAGUAUGAUUAAAGGGGUUGAGAAAAACAAGGAUGACAAGUUGGGACUUUGUUUUAUUUUGGGCAGCAAAUUUUUUGGACAACUGAUGCACACAGCUGUUUGGUCAGGCCAUUGUCUCCUGCUUGAAUCUUUCUUAGGAACUUGAACAUCAUGCUUGAAUUCAUAGGAAAAGUGAAAAUGACAAUGUCAUAUCAGGCUGGCAUGUUUUGCUUUCAGUCCAGAGUCGUCUUAAUAUGCUUUUUAACUUCUAAUCUUGAUGCUUUAGUUGUAAUGUAAUAAAAUGCCAUGUAAUUUU